UAUCUUAAGCAAACUACUAGUGACAAGUCAUGUUUCUAAAAGAAGUCAAUAAAAGCACAGCAUUACAAGAGAGCAAAUCUCUUGUUUUAUAUUUGCUUGAAAACAUGUCACGUGACCACCUUGACGACGAGAUAAUCAAAACAUAAUCCACCUGUUAUUCUUCUACAUGUAUGGCGAGAAAGAUCUUUAAAAAGAGAUAGUAGAGGUCUGCGUCUUUGAAGAGAUGAGGAGAGAGUGAUCGUGUUUCGUCUUUAAAUUCCCCAUUGGUUUUCAUCCGAGAAUGUCACACGUCGAUUCUGGCCCAUUGGCCACUUACAAUAGCCUCCAGGACAAGCACCUGGUUGGCUACUUCAACAACACACGCAUGCGCCGACACCUGCGGCGGUCCGGCCUCAUCACACGCAAUGGAGAAAUUGUCACGGAGAACACCUUCCGCCUGAACAUGGCAAGGAAGGAACACCAGAAGCAUGUACGGGAUUUGAUGGCGCAGGCUAUUGUGCACAAAGCGCUAGACAUGGAACGCAGUCGGCAGGCAGAAAUCAAACGGAAACUGGAGGAGAUUGCUAAGGUGGAGCUUGUCCAGAGGGUCAAGAGUUCCAGAGGGCGAAAAGGUGACGAGGACAUCACUCCAUACCUGUCACCACGAGCCCCUUCAGGACGUCCAAAGUCUGCCAAGCAAGAGCGACCUCGAUCGGUGGUAACUGGUCACCGCCCAUCCACAGCCCCGUCCAAACGCUCAGGAUCAGCUAAGAAAAAGAGUGCAAUAUAUGUUGACAAGGAAGGUUUCCCUAUUCAUCGGGACCAGGCCUGGGGGAGCUCAGAUGACGGCACUGAUGAAGUGGACUCUCACAAUCUCCGGGAGCUUGAUCCCUACGCUCUAAAUGACAUCACUGUCAACAUGACACCCGAGGAGAAGCAAAGCAACUCACCUUACAAGAUUGACCUGACGCGUGAUCCCAGACCCCCUCCCCGUACCCCUCAAGGAUUCAAAAAGAGCCCAAGGGGGACAACAAGGGGUGUGAUUACGAGAGAUGGACGAAGACUUCGACCAAAGUCUAACAAGGGUUCGCUGUCUUUGCAUCGGAAGGAGCCGGCCUAUCCGCAUCCCACCCAGCAACAGACCUUGUGCGAUGUCACUAUCCGUUACCGCGGAAACAACCUGAAGCUGCAGUACGAACGGCAGGACAAACGUGACGAGAUCAUCAUCAAUCAACAACACUGUGGCGGGGAGAACCUGGUGGUGUUCCAUGGACUAGUCGAACCAGGAAUUGAUCUUGUCUUUACCUCACGCCGUCACCGUGGGUACCCAUUCAGCCUGACGUUCUUCGUCAAUUCAAUCCAAGUCUUACGUCUGAGUGCCUGUUGUGAGUACAAAUACGGUCCUGGGGUGAUGCUUGGAGGACGUAAGGGCCACUUCAAAUUUGGCAGAGUGGACGGGGGCUCUCCUUGUUACAGGUGCAUGGUCGAAGCUGAGUUGGCUCGUAGGGAGCGUCAACGAUAUAAGGACACCCAGACCGAGGAACCCAAACCAGAACCAGAGCCAGAACCAGUCUUGGAGAGCCAGGGGACACAAAGUGAUCCUCCGCCUCCCGAUACCCGAGACCAGGGGGAGCAAGCAGAAGCCGUUGAUGCCGAGGCAGGGGCCUACGAUGACGAUGAUUUUGAAGAUGAAGAUGACAAGGAAGUUGUAGCCUCUGAAAAAGGAGAGACUCCAAAAGAGGAGGACAGGAGGUCAGAUCAUUUUUUCUCUGGUCCUGAGUCAGACAUUGAGCAGAAACAACCUGAGGAGGCCGAUUAUGGAGCAGACUCUGACUUUGAGGCAGACUCCCACCAUGAGAAAGAAGAUGAGAAGGAGUUGGACAAGGAGAUGCAAGAUGAAGACAAGGAAGCCGCAGAAGAAAUCCUUGCGCAAGGAGUGGCAGAAGAUGAGGAUGCUCUGGGUGAAAUUUCUGAGGAGGAACCCGUCAAGGGCGAGACAAAUGACGACAAUGAAGUCGAGCCAGAGGACAUACCAGAAGAGCACAAUGAAAGUCCACCAACUGCUGAACCCAGUCAACAAACUGAAGAUGAGCAUCAAAGUUCAAGAAAUGACGACAAUGAAGUCGAGCCAGAGGACAUACCAGAAGAGCACAAUGAAAGUCCACCAACUGCUGAACCCAGUCAACAAACUACGGAUGAGCAUCAAAGUUCAAGAAAUGACGACAGCGACUCUAGCAGUGAUAGCGACGGAGACAAUGUGGUUUUAUCAUCGUCAUCAAGUUCAAGCUCCUCUGAAGAUGAGAAUGAUCAGCAGGAGAAAAGGGACAUCAAGGAAGCUGAUGCUUCAAGUUCGGAAUUCUCUUCAGAGGAUGAAGGGGAUGUGGAAAAGAAACGUGACAAUGGAGUAAAGCAAGAGACCAAAACUGAAGAGCUCACUACAUCUAUCAGAGAAGAUGAAGGGGGUAUAGAGGAGGAAGUAAAACAAGAUAUCAAAACUGAGGAGCCCUCUACGGAUGACAGAGGUACUUCUGUUGCUGAAAAGAGAGAUGAGACUAUUGGAUCUAAUGCUGAGGAAGGCCUUGAUAAUUUGGAGGAGAGACGAUCAUCUUCCCCACAAACAUCUGAAAUAGACCUUGAUAACCAAGAAGAGAAGCCAUUGCCUUCUCCACCAGCAUCUGAGAAUGAUGUUCAGGAGGCAGCUGGUGAUGAGCAAGACCAAAGUCAUUCAGAAGAAGAGGUUACCACAAAACAAGCAGAAAUGGAUACAAAGAGACCAUCCUCUCCAGAUGACAAUGGGAAAGAUGACGAAAAAGAAGAUGACAUCACCAAAGAAAGGGACAUGGAAGAUAGAGAUAGACAAAAAGGUGAACAGGAAGAUGGGGAAGACAAAUCAAUUUUUGAAAAAUUGGCAGAUAAAAUAAAAGAUGCAUUUACAUCCUCAGAUUCAAGUUCAUCGGAUUCUGAUUCAGAAGAAAGGCAGAAGAAAAAGAAGCGAGAAACCAAGGGAACUCCUUCCACAUUCGAUAAAGACGAAAACAGUAAAACUGAGAGUGAUAGCAACUCAGAGAAAAAGAAGUCCUUCUUUGAGAGACUGAAGGAUAAAUUCACUUCAUCUGAUUCUGACUCUGAAUCAGAUGAGGACAGGGAAAACAAAAAGAAGAAAAAAAGGAAGAGGAAAACCAAAUCUGAAAAUGCUGAAAACAAUAUGGACGAAGAGACAUCUGUCAAAGACCAAAAGCCAGAAGAGGCCAAGGACCCACAACCUGAGAAUAUUGAAGAACAUGAGAAAUCUGGAAGAGCUGAAGAAGCAGAAAAUCAACAUCAAGAGACAGAAGAUAAGAAAGAACCUGACACUCCGCCCAAAGAGGAAAAGGAGGAAGAGAAAGGAUGGCUUGACAAGAUGGAAAGCAAAGUAAAAGGUCUCUUCAGAUCGUCAGAUUCUGAAGAUGAAGGUGAUGAGAAGAAAACCAUGGAAGAAGUGAAGAAAUCAGACGAGGAGGCAUCAACGCCAGAAGACAAGCAGGAGGAAGAAAAAGGAUGGCUUGACAAGAUGGAGAGUGCUGUUAAAGGUUUCUUUGGUGCAUCUGAUUCUGAAGACAGUGAUGAGAGUAAACGGACAAAAGAAGCCCAAAAGACAGUGGAAGAAAGCAAAGAAGAAGACCAUACUGAGCAGGAAGCAAGGCCAAGUUCUCCAGAACCUCAUGCGGAGGAGACAGGUGAAAUGUCACCUCCCAACAAAGUGGAGGUCAAAGCUAACGAUAUGUUUGGGCCUUCUGAUUCCGAAGAUGAUAACGAGGCAGAACAUAAAGACGAAAUUGUGAAAACUGACAACAUGAAGGAAAUGCCUUUUCUCAACCCACCGGGGGUAAAAGCUAACGACACAUUUGAAACACGUGAUUCUGAUUCCAAAGAUGACAAAGAAGAUGAAAAAGUGGAGAUCAUAAAAGCUGAAGAGGAUGCAGAGACAGGAGCUGUUCCUAUGGCACUUGAGGAAGAAUUAGCAAGAGAUUCAGAACUUCAAGAGGAAUCCAAGAUGCAGCCUGAAAGAGACGAACGCAAAGGAAAGGAGGAAACUGCCUCGCUUGGGAAAGAGGAUGCUGAUGUCUCUCAGACCAAAGAUGGUGACAUGGAAAAAUCUGAAGAUGAGGGACCAGAGGAAGAGAGGAAAGAUGAAGUAGAGAAAACAUGGGAAGAUAAAGAGCAAGAGAUCAGUCCAUCAGAUAGAGAAACAGGUCCCUCUGCACAGGAGGUAGAAACAAAGAUGGAUGAAGUUGAAGAUAAAGUCAAUGAGAAUAAAGACACAGGAGACAGAGAUAGUAUCAAGGAGGAGAAGCCAGAUGAUGGCAGUUUGUCAUCUCGGUCAUCUUUCUCUGACACCAGUUCCAUCGCUGCAGGGCUUGAGAAGGAUUACAGAGUCCUAAAUCUCAAUGAUAAAAAUCUUGACGAAAGUAAAACAUCAAGACUGGCAAAGGCACUGAAGUCUCGCAAGUAUCGGAACCUGGAAUACCUGCUGUUACGAGGCAACCCCUUGGGCGACUCGGGUGUGGCCAAUGUCAUCCAAUCCCUCAUCGAGGGGCACAACACUGCCACGAGCCCAGACAGUGCCCUCAAGCUGACCCACUUUGACCUGGGCAACACCGCCAUGGGUGACGAGGCGGCGGGCGAGCUGGGCAGACUCCUGUCCCUGGACACGCAGCUGCGCAACCUCAACAUCAGCGAGAACACUCUGUCGGCAACUGCCUGGGAGUCCAUCAACCAGGGCUUGAAGGUCAACAAGACCCUGGUGACAUUCAGCGCCGAGUAUGCCCGCCUGAGUGACACCAGUUGCGUAAUGAUGACACAAGCAGUGAUGGACCAUGAAAGGCUUGAGGAGUUAAAUAUUGAGGGGAACGGGCUGGGGGAGAGAGCAGGAAAUGCCCUAGCUCAACUGGUGAAAGAUAACAGUGUAAUACUGACAAUUAAUAUGGAGAGAGAUAAUUCAAUACCAUCCAAUAUUUUGGCCGAAGUGAAAGAGAUAUUGGAGACAGGAUCAUAUGUGCCUUAAGGUGGCUAAACACUUUGCAUUUGCUUUGUAAAUUAGAAUUUGAGGCAAAACAGUAGGAAGUGUUUUAAUUUUGCAUUUGAAUUUUGAAUGCUAAACAGGAAAUAUUUUUGAAAACUUUUCAUACAUGACGUCUUUUUGAUACAUUUUCUUUAAUAGAUAAAAUUCCAUUUUGAAUUCCGCAUGAUAUUAAAAUGGGAUUAGACAUGCAGAUAAAAGUAUGAGUUGAACAUCAAGUAUUCAUCUUCAAAAUUAGUCUGCAUUUUAAUGUAGGCAAACCAGUUAUUGUACCAGUUUCUUAAAAUGUUGGGAUGUGAUAAAGUUACCCAUCUGCAAAAUACUGAUGUAAACUGUAUGUAGAUAGCUCGCUUAUAAUUUUAAUGUCAUCACGAGUAACAGGUACAAUGCUUGAAUCUUUCAUGAAAUAACCCACUAUCAAAAACUUCUUGGAUGUGCAUGUACAUGUACUUCCAUCACUGAAGCUUUAUACAUGUCGUCUUGUAGAAUUACUGCACACUAUCAUAAAGCUAUUUUAGACAAUGAAAAGGUGCCUUAAAUUGAGCUUUAAGAAUUUCUGUCAUUGUUUGGCAGACAUUUAUUUGUGCCUUGAAAUCACUGCGUGAGUCAUUUGUGCUACUGUAAAGCAAAAAAACUUGAUAUGAAGAAUAAUUCCCAUGACGUUGAGUUUAAAUCUCUGCUUUAUGCUUUUUUAAAGAGAGUGUACUUCAAUACUUCUGAAGACCUGCUCAUGUUUGACAGGUUUCCUAUGCCAUAAGUCACAUGCAUCAUACAUUUGUCAAACUUCAAACAUCAGACUCCCAUUAAAGCCGUACUUGCUCAGUCUUCUAUCAGUUGAUAUAAAUGAACAAAUUCUGUACACUUGUGGUAAGACAAACAGAUGUAUACAGGUCUUCUUAUGUGGAAAUAAAAUGUUCCAAUGUACACCGUUUCAAACUUUGCCAAAACUGAAAAAAACCUUAAAUACAGGCCUUUCUUGAAAUAUUGACAAUUACAGUUUUGUACAUGUGCAUGUUGUAGAUGCUCCAAUCGUCAAUUUGAAUAUGCCUAGAUUCAGUGCGAAAAAGUUCUCCCUUGCUUUUUUUAUGUUUUGCAGAUGUAUACAUACAUACAUGUACAUGAAAUGUGGAAACAACAUGUUCAGAUGUACACUGUAGUCUGGCCAAGUUUUUCGAAUUUGGCAAAACUGAAACAAAUCUUCAAUACAGGGGGUUUCUUGAAAUAUUGACAAUUACAUGUACAUGUUCUAGAUGUUCCUAUUGUCAACUUGAAGAUGCUUAGGUUCAGCACGAAAAAUUCUCCCCUGCUUUUUUUAUGUUCUGCUAUAAAGAUCCUGUUUUAUGUAAAUUAUUGGGCAUUGAGGCUGAAUCAUAAUACUAAGAUGCAAUUUCUCUCUUUAAAUUAAUAAGGAAUAAAUUUGUAGCUCAUGAAAGUUUAAAUAUUUAAAUUUAAGAAAAAGUUCAUUUUUAAAACAGCUGAUUGGAGAAGAUAAUUGAACACAGAAUUAUGGAAAUUAAUAUUUUUUGAUGAAAUGUAAAAUAUAGAUCUGUAAAUAGGCGUCUGCUAUGAAUAAGCAAUUUAAUUCUUAAAACUUAAAAUCGAAUGGCUACUUUUUAAAUAGUGCAUCAAGAGCGUUUAUGGGUUCUAUAAACGACAGUUGCAAGAUGUGGAAUUGGAUACUGUGGAAGGUUAAGGAAUAAUGCCAUUGUAAAUUGUUAGUAAUAUGCUUGUUUCAUUUCUGCUUUCUAGCCAAUCAGAAUCCACCUUUGAAACUACUUUUCACUGUCAAAGAAAUGCAGCAUUCAAUGGUGUGAUAAGACCUUCUAGUUGGUCAUGAAGACGCACUCAUCCCAAAGGAGCAAUGCUCUGAUUAGUAUUUGGCCAGCAAUUAAUUUAUAUUUAGCUAUUUUAGUUCAGUAUUAAAAGUGUGCAUUUUUAGGAAAACAGAAAUAUCAAGUAAAUGAAGAGGCAAAGAGAUCAGUUUCCUGUGAAGAGUUCAA